CCGGUGUCAGUUUUCUCAACUGUCUCCCACAGUCCCACUCCAUCCAUGGCUACCAUACCCCAACCUGAGCUCUUCUGCCUCUCCCCCCGGAGCCACUCAACUCCCCCAUCGUCAAAGCACAAGCACUGCAACACUCGCAGAAGAGUUCUGGUAAUGUGCGAUAAGGCGAAGAACGAAGCAGCGUGGGAGGAGGAGAAGGUAGGGUUCGUUGACUACGACAGGGGCAAGCGCGAGGUGUGGACUCGAAUCAGCGGCCUCAGGAAGGACGACAUUCCGAAGAGGUACAGGCUGAAAGUGGAAGCCGACAGGUUUCAGAAGGACUGGGCCGUCUCUGAGGUGGUUCGACAGGUUUUGGAGCUCAAUCAUUGGAAUGAUAUCGAAGGUCUCUUGAAUCGGUGGGUUGGCCGCUUCGCCAGGAAGAAUUUCCCUGUUCUUAUUAGGGAGAUAACCCAAACGGGGUCUAUUGAACACAGCGUCAAAGUUUUUAAGUGGAUGAAAAAUCAAAAAAACUACUGUGCUCGAAAUGAUAUCUACAAUAUGAUGAUUAGAUUGCAUGCUAGACACAAUCAAACUGACCAAGCACGUGGGCUGUUUUUUGAGAUGCAAGAGUGGAGGUGCAAACCUAAUGUUGAAACUUACAAUGCUCUCAUCAAUGCACAUGGUCGAGCUGGUCAAUGGCGUUGGGCAAAGAACAUCAUGGAAGACAUGCUUCGUGCAGCUGUUCCCCCAAGUCGAUCAACAUAUAAUAACUUGAUCAAUGCUUGUGGUUCAAGUGGAAAUUGGAGGGAAGCUCUGAAAGUCUGCAAGAUGAUGACAGAAAAUGGAGUGGGGCCUGAUCUCGUGACUCACAAUAUUGUUCUAUCUGCCUACAAGAGUGGGGCUCAGUAUUCAAAAGCUGUCUCCUAUUUUGAACUAAUGAAAGGGACCAACAUCCGUCCAGACACAACCACCCUUAAUAUUGUAAUACAUUGCCUUGCAAAACUUGGACAAUAUGGGAAAGCUCUGGAUAUUUUUACUUCAAUGAGGGAUAAAAGAGCAGAGUGCCGUCCUGAUGUUGUAACAUUCACUAGCAUCAUUCAUAUGUUUUCUGUUUGUGGGCAAAUUGAAAAUUGCAAGGCUGUAUUUAAUACAAUGAUUGCAGAGGGUCUAAAACCCAAUAUUGUUUCAUAUAAUGCACUAAUUGGUGCAUAUGCUUCUCAUGGGAUGAGUGAGGAGGUCCUAUCAGUUAUAGAUGAGAUGAAACAAAAUGGCUACUGGCCAGAUGUUGUUUCUUAUACAGCUUUAGUCACUGCUUAUGGGAGAUCACAUCAACCUGAGAAAGCCAGGGAAGUGUUUGACAUGAUGAAGCGGAGCAGGUGGAAGCCAAAUCUAGUAAGUUUCAAUGCUCUAAUUGAUGCCUAUGGGUCUAAUGGUUUUUUGGCUGAAGCUGUAGAUGUCUUACGCGAAAUGGAAGGAGAUGAGAUUCAGCCAAACAUAGUUUCAAUAGGUACACUAUUGGCUGCCUGUGGUCAUUGUGGUCAAAGGGUGAAGAUCGAUUCCAUACUUUCAGCAGCUGAAUUGAGAGGCAUUGAAUUGAACACAGUUGCAUAUAACUCAGCUAUUGGGAGCUAUAUGAACAUUGGGGAAUAUGAGAAAGCUUUAAAAUUAUAUGGAUCUAUGAGAAAGAAAAAAGUAAAACCUGAUUCCGUUACUUACAACGUGUUAAUUAGUGGUUGUUGUAGGAUGUCAAAAUAUGGUAAGGCAGUUGAGUUUCUUGAUGAAAUGAUGGAGUUGGAAAUUCCUUUGUCCAGGGAAGUGUACUCAUCACUAAUUUGUGCCUAUGGCAAACAGGGCCAACUCAGAGAAGCUGAAUCCAUGUUUAAAAUGAUGAAGAUGGAUGGUUGUCCUCCUGAUGUUGUUUCAUAUACCACAAUGAUAUGUGCAUAUGAUGCUGCUGAUAACUGUGAAAAAGCAAGUGCCCUAUUUGAAGAAAUGGAAAUAAAUGAUAUCGUACCAGAUUCUAUUGCUUGUUCAGCUCUGAUGAGAGCUUUCAAUAAAGGAGGAAAACCAACAAAGGUUCUUACAUUGGCAGUGUUCAUGAGAGAGAAAAAUAUCCCCUUUAGUGAAUCUAUUUUCUUUGAGAUGGUAUCAGCCUGUAGCAUACUACGAGAUUGGAAGACAACCAUGGACUUGAUCAACAUGAUGGAGCCAUCAUUGUCUAUAGUUUCAAUUGGAAUUCUUAAUCAGCUUCUUCAUUUUCUUGGAAAGAGUGGAAAGAUUGAGACUAUGAUGAAGUUGUUCUACAAGAUGACAGCAUCAAGUGCAGAAAUUAACUCACAUACUUAUUCAAUUUUAUUGAAGAAUCUUUUGACUGCUGGAAACUGGAGGAAAUAUAUUGAGGUACUGCAAUGGAUGGUGGAUGCUGGAAUUCAGCCUUCUGUUGCGAUGUAUCACAAUAUUUUCUCUUUCGCCCAAAAGAGUAGUGGUGCUGAAUAUGCUGCUAUAAUACAAGAAAGAAUAGAAUCCUUGAAGAGAAAAUCUGGGAAUCAAAUCUCAGAAAGUAAUCUAUACAACUCUUCCCUCUGUACCACUCCACUGAUGGAUGGAUCAAAAGCAUGAAGCCUCGGCCCAUGGGAGUUGGCGACUAAUUUCACACCUCCAGACUGCUGCAGCAUUUGCUCCUGAAAUUUUGCAAGAAACCUGAUUUUGAUAGUAAAAAAUGUUGUCCAAAAUUGGCAAAUAGAUACUGGUUGACACUCAUCAUGUACAGUUUGUUUAUCCUCUCUCUCUCUCUAAAUGUAAAUAUGACUGUAAAUUUGUGAAUGUAUGUAUCCAAUUUUUUUUGACCA